UUUAAUCGACCGACGCUUCUGGUUUGUUCUCUUAAUUCCAAUGAAGAACUGAGCCGAUCUUUGAUCAUCUAUAAAUGAAAAUGCCAACUCUACUAAAGGAUAAAAGUCAAAAGAUUUCCUGAUAUGAAGAAACAAUCAUCGCUGAAGAUUUGUUCGGUUUUUAUCGUCUAUUUUACAAUUGGUAUCCUGUUUUGUCUGCCUCUUGGGUAUGAAGUACAAUGUACGAGGAUAUCAGAACAAAAUAUARCAUGUCAUCCCUGUCCUCCAGGAACAUACGCUAAUAACAGUUCUCCUGAAUGUAAACUUUGUAAUCCUGGCUUCUGUGAGAAAGUAUCAUCAUGCUUUAAAUGUCUUCCUGGCCAUUUUCAAAAGUCUGCAGGCCAAGUAUCCUGUCUUAAAUGCUUACCUGGGAGUUAUCAACUAAAUUCUGGUCAAGCAAACUGUUCUCUGUGCAAUACUGGUAGCUAUCAGCCAUAUUCUGGCCAGAAAGAGUGUUUGGAGUGCAAUACUGGAGAAUAUCAAGAUAAAACUGGACAAAAAGGUUGCAAUAAGUGUCUAGAGGGGCAUUUCCAGAAUAAGAAGGGACAGCAAAACUGUACAGCUUGUCAAAAGGGUACUUCUCAGAAAGAUAAAGGACAAAUAUCUUGUAAAGAAUGUGCACCUGGACAGUACCAGGAUAAAUUGGGACAGUCAUCAUGUUUACCUUGCAAGAAAGGAACCAGUCAAAGCAAAGCAGGGCAAGCUGAGUGUGUAACUUGUGAAAAAGGAACGUAUCAGAACUUAACUGGCCAAGAAGAUUGCAAAUUAUGCCCUGAAGGUCAUUAUCAGAAUGAAACAGRGAAAACAACUUGUAAGCUUUGUUCUCCAGGAAGAUAUCAAAGUGGUAUAGAUCCAACAAGGAGCAGCAGAAGUCACUGCGUUCCUUGUCSCACGGGGAGCCACUGCCAUCAAACAGGAUGUAUUGGUUGUGCUCCAUGUCCAGCUGGUCAAGACUCUGAAUAUGGUGCUGUAAACUGCUCUCUGUGUGAGCCUGGAAAAUACAAACCCAACGAGGGYAUGAUGCUGUGUAAGUACUGUCAAGAUGGAUGGUAUCAAGAUGGGUUUGGUGGCAAGACAUGCACGAAGUGUCCGGCAGGGUAUUAUUGUCCAUGGCCUGAUUCAACACCUCAUCUKUGUCCAAAAUCAGAGUUAUGUCCUGCUGGAAGCAAAAGCCCACUGAAAAAGUGUCUUCUUCUUAUGCAACGAGACCAGGAUUCUUUGGAAUGCGAGCCAUCGACAACACUUCUAGUGAUUAUUGCAUUGAUUGUGACAGCGAUAGUUCUGUCCCUUCUGUAUGUUAUAUACAGAAUAAGACGAAGGCGUGUGAAUGAAGAAGAAAGAUUGCUCGUAAGAAAUCAUCCUGUUUAUACGGGAUGGUGAUUGGCUGAAUCAGAAUGCAKUUAACCAAUCAGAUAGCUCSUUAUCACACUUAUCCAAUCAAAUUGGUGGAUCUUGAUGACGCCAUCAAUAUGCACUUCACCUUCAUACUAUGAUCCAUUUGAUUCAAUGCAAUYAUUCGAUCUGGAAUGAAUAAGAAAAUUUAACUUGAAAUGCUUGUUCAGCUAGGAUUUUAUACCAUAGUUAUUUCGAUUUUUUUAAUCAGAGGUUUGAAGUUAUCGUAUAUACAUUUUUAUAUCCACCUUGCAAAAGGUCUCUUGGAUGGAGAUAAGGAGAAACUUCAAUAUGGCAGGCAAUGUUGCCUAUACCUAGAAACAAAUUCGAAAGAUUACCUCAAGACCCAUGAAAAGUUGUUUCAAUUAGUUUAACUGGUUUUGCUGGAAAAUAUUUAGUUGAAAACAAAUUCAUUGAUUUUCCUUUCUUGUUUUGUACAAAAAUAACUUGUAUAAAAUAUCCCUAGUUGGGUUUGAUUAGGCUUCUAUUAUCAUAAAAAAUAAAUUAUUACACGACAGUUGAAGGGUGCUAGUUUACCAAGGCCGAAGAAUAUUUCUCAGUUGAAGGACCUACCCUUUGUUGCAUCAAACACAGGUAUGCACACACUGUCGACUGGAAGUCUUGUUUUUCUUACAUGCAGCAGCUGGGGUUGUUCUAUCCUUGAAAAACAUUUGCGCGUGAAUAAUAAUAACCUCCACAUUUAUUUACAUCGAAUUGAUUGUAGAGAAUUUUAAUUCUUUGGAAUAAAAACCUUUCGAAACUGAA